AUGCCUGGUUGCCUGCGGCCCCCAGCGCUGCCGACAAAGCCUUCCCUGCCGCGGGCCCUGCUGGCAGGAGGCGUAGGCGCCGGCCUAUGGCUGGCGCGAGUGGCGCGGCGUGCGGUUGGACUGGCGCCAGAUGGCUCCAGAGAAGCCUUGGCCCCAGCGAAGCGGAACCUUCUCUUCGACGAUGGCCCGCGGGCUGGUUUGGAGACUUUGCUGUGCCCUCGGGAUUUGCUGUGCUUGGCCUUCUUGCUGCAUGGCCUGGUGAUCGCGCUGAACACGGUGGCCGGCAACUUCGGACCGGAGUAUGAUGCCUUGAUCCGCACCUCACUUUGCUUGGGUGGCCUAAAUGGGCUGGCAAGUGUGGCGGAGCUGGUGUUGGACCCCACCUUGUACGACGAUCGGCCCGGCGUGGCCCACGAGCGAUGGAUCUUCGGCCUCAGCGCGGCCUGGGUGUUGGCUGUGGUGUGGCUUUGCGCACGCCUUGCAGGCGUGCUCCCUGAUGCAGCCUUCGACGUCCCUGCGUCUGCCGCCUGCUGCGCAGUCUUCCUAGCUAUGAACCUGGGACCUUGGGCUACAGCCUGGGCAUUCUGGCAGGAGCUCACUGACUUGGAGCGGCUCCGCAUGCGUGGCUUGGGGGCCUGCGGCUUCGUGGGGGUGAUCUACUGCUUGGAUGCCAUCGCUUUGGCCUACAAGGGCCCUGCCUGGUGGUCCAAGGUGCAGACGCUUUGGCCGAUGCAGGCUACCUGCGAGGAGAGCACUUUGAUUUUCGGGGCCCUGGCAUUGGAGGCCUGCAUGUUGCUGCACCGCCUGGGCCGGCGUGGCAUCCUCAGGUUUCAGCAAGCAGCAGUGCCGCUGGGUUUGGCAUCCUCCCUUGGCCUUGCCAUUGUUCCAACGGUGGCGCAAGUGGCCUGGAACUAUGAUCAGAUCUCGCUCUUCGAUGCUUACUUUGUCUAG